AUUAUUGAACAGCUUAAUUCUAGUCAUAUCAUUUCAAUCUUCAGUUCACAGGUUGUUUUGAAAACUCUAACACAAUCGAUCUCUGUUUCAUAACAAAUAAAUUACCAUGUUUGUUGUCAUAUUAACCGAGUGAAAUAAAAAUGGUGGAAGUUUUUUGUAAGGUUGACUCCACGCUUUUACAAAACAACUACGGCAAUAAGAACUUGUAAAUUUUGCUCAUAAAAUAAUGGCGUUCUGCAACAAAUUUUUAUUUCGCACACUGAACAGUAUCCAAAACAUGUCGUUUUCAGUUGAGCCCAAAAUACUCUUAAACGUAUUAAAGUCAAUAUUUGUACAGCAUUCAACUCAUCUUAAAAGAAGCCUACCACACUAUGUGAAGACAUCUCUCUUUUUUAUGUUUGUACAAUGCGAUUUUCCCUUGGAAAAAGACAACAAACUGAAACAGGCCCCUUCAUCUCAUGAAAUGACGCAUGAAUAUUUGAUUCGCCAGGCAUCAACUUCUACAAUAUCAGCCACCCAGCAACUCCUUACAUUGACUUUUGCAGCUAUUUCUGACACUUCCAAAAUGUAUAGGGAGUGUAUGGAACAACUGAUGUCCCUCAUGGACCAGAGUCUGCAAGUACAGAGUGCAGGCAGUGCUCACUCAGAAUUAUGGGAUCAGGUUAUUGAAAUGAGAAUGAAAGUAAGGGACUGUAAGCAGCGAUUAGAGGAGUUAACCAGCUUCAUGGAGUAUGUUGAUAAACUGGCAACUUCUGCUGCUGAAACAGCUUAUUUGGGUGGAGCAGAACACAUGAGCACUGUCAUGUGUGAAACUAUGAAUUCUGCACAUGCAAAGUUGGCACUUGAAUGUGAUAAAACUAGAGACACAGAAAAUGAAUUUCUGAAGCAACAAGAAAAUUUUAUACGUAGAACAUGUGAACUUGAGGAAGGACUAAAAGGAAGAGAGAAAGCAACAGAGAAGAGUAAGUAAUGAUUUCUGAGACAAAAUAUGGAUUGUAAGGGUAUAUUUUCAAGAUUUAUUCAGUUCAUACACAAAUUAUUGCAUAAGUAAUGAUUUCUUUAUCAUACAAUUAAAUAGAGGUUAUGCUACACUGAUAA